UUAUUCAAUAUAUGAAACAAGUGAGACGAUAAAGAAGUGUCAGUUCGCAAUAGUCCGAACGAAGGACAACACACUAACUUGAAAUCAUGUUGUUGAAGUUACUGAUUACUCUGCUUUACUUCGCUUUCGCUGUUUACGGAAGCACAGACGAGAUUGCUCCAAGGGUUAAAACUCCUCUGGGAGGACUGAAGGGCUACUACAAGACCUCGCAACAUGGAAGAAAAUAUGAAGCAUACGAAGGGAUCCCUUACGCGUUGCCACCUGUUGGAAAGUUACGGUUUAAGCCUCCGCGGCCAAUACCAGCAUGGGUUGGCGAACUAUCAGCUACAAAAUUCGGUUCUAUGUGCAUUCAAUAUGAACAAACACCAAAUGUGGAGAAGGUUGUGGGUGCCGAAGAUUGUUUGUACUUAAACAUUUAUGUGCCCAUACGGGAAAAGGGAGAUAAUAAAAGCCCAAUGCCGAUAUUAUUUUGGAUUCACGGUGGUGCUUUCCAAUUUGGUAGUGGCAUGUUGUAUGGCGCUAAAUAUCUAAUGGAUCAUGAUGUUAUAUUUGUUACAUUCAAUUAUCGAUUGGGGCCAAUGGGUUUCCUUAGCACGGAAGAUGAAAUAGUUCCUGGUAAUAUGGGUCUAAAAGAUCAAAGUAUGGCACUCCGUUGGGUGUCAGAAAACAUCGAAUGGUUUGGUGGUGAUCCGAAGAAAAUAACUUUGGUGGGUUUGAGUGCGGGCGGUGCAAGUGUGCAUUAUCAUUACUUAUCGCAAAUGAGCGCAGGUCUUUUCCAAGGUGGGAUAUCAUUUAGCGGUACAGCGUUCGAUUGUUGGACACAGGCUGAAAACUCCUUGGAAAAGACCAAAAAAUUGAGUGCCUUAAUGGGAUGUCCUACAACUACCUCUAGAGAUAUGAUACGUUGCUUGAGAUAUCGUCCAGCUCGUGCGAUCGUACAGGCUACAAGUGAAUUUAUGUCGUUCUUCUACAAUCCUUUCACUCCUUUCGGACCGGUAGCUGAAAGAAUUGGCGACGAUGCACCUUUCAUCGAUAGAACACCCGUUGAAAUCGUGAAUAGCGGAGACGUUCAGGAUGUACCAUGGAUUACGGGAGUAACGAGCGAAGAAGGCCUUUAUCCUGUAGCCGAAUUCAUCGCGGACGAUCAAAAUCUGAAAUACUUGAAUGACAACUGGGAUAUUCUCGGACCAGACUUCCUUGAUUUUAAUUAUACCAUUCCCAGAGAAAAGCAUAUCGAGAUUGCGCGUCUUAUUAAGAAACAUUACUUUGAUACAAAACCAAUAGACCGAUCGAGUACAAAGGAAUUGAUACAAAUGGCAGGCGAUCGUUUCUUCGUGGUCGAUGGUGAAAAGGCCGCGCGAAUGCAAGCCAAAGUAAAUAAGAAUCCAGUCUGGUUUUACUAUUUCAAUUACAGAGGAGCGCAAAGCUUAAGCGACUUUUUUAGUGGUACGACUGAAAAUUAUGGAGUUUCUCAUGCCGAUGACACAUUAUACGUAUUAGAUACUCCCUUCCUAAAUCCAACAACGACACAAGAAGACCAUAAUAUGCAAAAAAAAUUAAUUGACUUUUGGGUAUUGUUUGCUACAGAAGGAAUUCCAAAAGUAGCCAAUGUGGAAUGGCCAAGAUUAGAUCCUUUAAAAAAUGAACUUCAUUAUUUGCAUAUAUUUAGUCCUGAUAAGGUUAACAUGGAUAGUAAUGCUAAUCUAGGAGAGAAGGAGUUUUGGAAUUCAAUUAAUUUCGACGAGAAUACAUUGAAAGCCGGAAUACAAAGAGAAGAGCUUUAUCUUGAACUGGAGCCUGAUGACGUCGAUAAUGCAGAAGGACUCGCCGGAUUUGAGAGUGUUCCAGAUAUUCUAACAGCUGGUAAACGCGUUAGAAUGUCAUCGUCACUCUCGUCCAAUGCAUGUAAUGUUUGCGCACGUUGUCCAUUUUCUAAUGGACAAGAAACAAACGCGUGCUGUAGAAGCAAUCAGUUCGCAGCAGUUUGCAUCAAGGGCAACACGCUAGAAAUCAUGCUGAUAAAACUACUAAUCGCCGUGCUUUGUUUCAGCCUUGUCAUUCACGCAAAUACAGACGAGAUUGCUCCAAGAGUUAAAAUUCCUUUGGGAAAAUUAAAGGGUUACUACAAGAUUUCGCAACAUGGUAGAAAGUACGAGGCGUAUGAGGGGAUUCCUUAUGCGUUGCCACCUGUUGGAAAAUUGCGAUUCAAACCUCCUCGGCCAAUACCGCCAUGGAUUGGCGAAAUAUCAGCUACAAAAUUCGGUUCCCCAUGCAUUCAAUAUGAUAUGAUACCAGAAUCUUUGGACAAGGUUGUGGGUGCUGAAGAUUGUUUGUAUUUAAAUAUUUACGUGCCAAUAAGAGAAGAUAAAACUCCUAUGCCGGUAGUGUUCUGGAUUCAUGGUGGUGCUUUCCAAGGUGGAAGCGGUAUAUUAUAUGGUCCAAGAUAUCUGAUGGACCGUGACGUAAUACUUAUCACAAUUAAUUAUCGCUUAGGAGCGCUAGGUUUCCUCAGUACGGGAGAUGAAAUAGUCCCUGGCAAUAUGGGUCUAAAAGAUCAAAAUAUGGCACUUCGUUGGGUAUCAGAAAAUAUUGAAUGGUUCGGUGGUGAUCCGAAGAAACUGACUUUGAUCGGUUUGAGUGCUGGCGGUGCGAGUGUACAUUAUCAUUACUUAUCAAAAAUGAGCAAAGGUCUCUUCCGAGGUGGCAUAUCAUUCAGCGGUACAACGUUCGAUUGUUGGACGCAAACUGAGAAUGCUUUAGAGAAAGCCAAGAAACUUGGCGCUUUGAUGGGAUGUCCUACAAUUACUUCUAGAGAUAUGAUUCGUUGCUUGAGGUAUCGUCCAGCUCGCGCAAUCGUACAGGCCACAAGUAAAUUUAUGACGUUUUUCUAUAAUCCCUUCACUCCUUUCGGGCCCGUACCUGAGAAAGUUGGCGAUGAAGUACCUUUUAUCGACAGAACACCUAUUGAAAUUAUAAACAGUGGAGAAGUCCAGGACUUACCCUGGGUUACGGGAGUAACAAGCGAAGAAGGCCUCUAUCCUGUAGCAGAGUUCGUCGCGGACGAUCAAAAUCUGAAAUACUUGAAUGACAAUUGGGAUACUCUCGGACCAGAGUUUCUCGAUUUCAAUUAUACCAUUCCCAGAGAAAAGCAUAUCGAGAUUGCGCGUCUUAUUAAGAAACAUUACUUUGGUACAAAAUCAAUAGACCGAUCGAGUACAAAGGAAUUGAUACAAAUGGCAGGCGAUCGUUUCUUCGUGGUCGAUGGUGAAAAGGCCGCGCGAAUGCAAGCCAAAGUAAAUAAGAAUCCAGUCUGGUUUUACUAUUUCAGUUAUAGAGGAGCGCAAAGCUUAAGCAAUGCGAUGAGUGGAACGACUGAAAAUUAUGGAGUUUCUCACGGUGAUGAUUUAGUCUAUAUAUUAGAUACUGCUUGGGUAGAUCCAACAACAACGCAAAAGGAUCGAGAUAUGCAAAAUAUAUUACUUGACUUUUUAGCAUCGUUUGCCACAGAGGGAAUUCCAAAAAUAACCAAUGUAAAAUGGCCAAGAUUAGAUCCUUUGGAAAAAGAACUUCACUAUUUGCAUAUAGCUAGUCCUGAUAAAAUUAACAUGGAUAUCAAUAAUAAUUUUGGACAAAAAGAAUUCUGGAAUUCAAUUAAUUUUGAAGAAAAUAUAUUGAAACAUACAGGCGGAAGCAAUAAAGAUGAGCUAUAAAUAAUUGUACAAUGAUAAUCAGAAGUCUUCGCAAAACUAGAUUUAAACUUACUUUAAUGCAAUGUUACGCUUGAUUUUAUAUUUAAAUUUAUUAUAUUUUUAUCUCAAAAUUUUUCUUUACUUUCUAUCUAUAUAAACAAUGGAUUAAAUCCUUGUACAAAUAAGAAAUAAUAUAAAACUUACCCCAUCGUUGAU